AUACAAGCACCGUUGAACAAAGGUUUUAUCGCUAUAGGCACCCCAUUUACUUAAAGCAAUGGGCUUCAAAACCCGUUUAAUGCUAGAUUCAAGCGAAACAGUUACAGGAUUUUCGUCUUCACCGAAUCAAAUUUGACGUAAUCCUGGGUCUCUCCCGGAAACCUUGUUACUUACAAUGGAUUGGAGCUUCGUACAUGAAACUUGGGAGAAGUGGGCACCGGUCGGUGUUGGGUCUUCUGGGGAGCCACUGAAGGCAGCUUUGCUCAUUAACUAUGACCCCAAUGGACCCUCUCGCUUGUUGUCUACCAUUGCUUGCAGUGCUGAGCAGGAAGGACAAAAAGUUAAUCCCAUUGAAUUGAGUCAAUUUGUUGAUUUUAUCAAACAAAAUAAUCUCCAGACUCAAAGCUUCAUCAUUGGGCCAAACCAGUAUGUGGUUACUUCAGUUCAUGAGAAUUGGUUUUGUGCAAGAUGCAUGAACACAUUAAAACCUGCUGGUGAAGGUGCUAUUGAUAUGCAGACAAAGGCAUUCCUUUUAGUUGCUCUGUAUGAUGGCUCAAUUGGCUCGGCAUCUCGUGCUAUGUUGUCUGUUGAUCAACUUAUAUGGCAGUUGGGUCGAAGAUUUCUUUAGCCUCAUCUUCCAAAAUGCAUGGGGCAGUCCAUUUGGGUGAAAGCUAAAUCACAUUAGCAGCAAAAAGUUGCUAUAGUAUAUUUCCCUCUGACUUAAUACUAGGUUCGACUUGUACGAUUAUUGUGCCCCCAGGUUGAGUUAUCUUUUCAGAGCAAGUCUUUUCUUGAGCUUUCUGGUGUCCAUCUCUUGGGAUUUUAAUGUGGCUCAAGCUCCAUAAAACAAAAAAUUAUCUUGAUUAAUGUUAACCAACAUUUGCAGUGACACAAGUUUCACUUGGCUGAUUUUUUAUUA